CAGGAACUAUGCAUCUUAUCGGUGACUUCAUUCAGUAAGAAAUCCGAGAAUGAAAUGAUUUUGAGCCUCAUGAAUUGUGUAUUAAUGGUGAUUCCGUUUGCCGCGCCGUAAUCAAUAUUUAGUCAUUUUAAGUCGUUGAGUUUAUCAUGGACAAAUUUUUAUUCGACCAACAUUUGCGAGAUUGCACCAUAGUGCAAGAAAAAACAACAUGCUUCGAAACUUUUCUCUAUGCUGAUCCAGAAUACCGAACCACAGUGACCGAAGAGACCCUUCUUGAGGCCGAAGAGUUUGAUGAUUUUUUGAAUCAAAAGGGCAGAUUCGAAAACAGAAAUCAAGGGUGCAUCGGAGGAAUUAGACUUAUCUUACAAAGAAAUGCAAUCCAUCCCCAUACAUUCGAACCCAAGUUUUUAUCUUUACCUAAUGGCUUUCAUAAAAAGAUUGUGGACGCAAUGCAUCUCCCUCACUCAUGGAUUGAGACUCUAAGCGCAGUGGGCCCAUUUUACUGGUCUGGAUAUGAGCAAAACGAUAACGAUCUUUAUCUUCAGAUAAUAUACCGCAAGAGCGACGUAAAAAAGCCAUCCAAUGCUCGAAACUGGGAAUUGGUUCUUUCACACUCCCUCAAGACUGGUAUCACGAAUGCCUUUUUCAAGGGUACGCCUCGGGCUGAUGUUACUCAAUGUAUUACAUGUCUUCGUCAAUGCAUCAGUGAGAUCGAUCACCCUUUAUUCCUGCCUGCUCUGGUCUUUUCUUGUGACAUUGAUUUUGGAGAAGAUAAACGUCACCGAGACAAUCGAGAGCGAGUCCGGAUCUUAGAAAAACAAGUAGUCGAUGCAUCCCACAUAUAUGCACAUCCAGACUUUACCAAGCGAGAUAAAGUCAACCUUUCACAAAUCAAUAGUGACUUGGUAGAUUGCCAUAAGAAUGUGUUGUGGAAGCGGCCGGAAGGGUAUAUCACUAUUGUACAAAAAAUGGAGAAAACAUUAUACGAGUUCAAAACUUUGUGGCCGGUUGAAAGAAAGGAAAGAUUAAAAAAGCUUCAAACAAUGAUGGAAGGGAGGCUUGAACUGCUUCAGUCUAAGCUUCAGGGAAUAAGCACCCAUCGUGAAGUUACAAUCUCGAGAUUGAAGUUAAUUGGGGAGGUGUUGGAAAAUUUGGUCUCGCUGGAUAUCUACAAGCAAGAGAAACAGCGGCAAUUCAGUAAAUUGCUGAGUCGAAAAACGGCACUUCUAGAGGAAACAAAACAAGAAGAGAGAAGAGAAAUGGAGAAAACACAGAGAGAUCUAGAAGUAAUGCUAGAAACAAGGAAACAGACGACUAUGUCAUUACUAGGCAUUUUGUUUCUACCUGGUACAUUUUUUGCAGCAAUUUUCAGUACCACAUUCUUCAACUUCCAACAUGGUGAUUAUGCGGGAAUCGUCUCUAAGAAAUUUUAUAUUUACUGGGCAGCUACGGUUCCGACCACUGUAACUUUGUUAGGCAUGUGGCUCCUCUGGCAAAGAAGAACUAAGAAAAUGCUAGAGAAGAGAGAUGAUAAAUUUCGGGACCUUGAAGCAAAGAGCAAGAAGGCACGAAACGAUAUCUUUAAAGAGGAAGAAAAACAUUUUAGACCAGUUUGAUUCCACAGCUCUUGAAUAUGUAUUUUUCAACUUGGGGUUUUGUUUGCUAUAAUUUGAAGAAGCGGGUCGCGAUUCGUCCAAACACAUAGUCGGUGUCGAAGAAAGAUAGCAUUACACCCGAUGUAACAGCUUUUGGGGAUUGUGGGAAAGAUAGUCCAAUACAUGAUCUUUCGCUGGAAAAUUGCAGUACUGACUACACGCAAAGUUGACGAUGGUUCAUGAGUUGUAACAGGAACUUAUUAAAAUGAUCGAGCCCA